GAUCAGCUAUUUCCAGGAAAUGACAGUGUUCCGAUAACGACAAGCACUUACGACACAAUCGGUCCAGCCCUGGAUUUCAUUCUCAAGAAGAUGCGGCUGCGUCGCUCCACGCGAUCACGUCAGCGGCAGAUCGACGAGUCAUUCAACAUAUUCGCCAAGCGGAAAGCAUCUGAAAAUCCCAAGUAG